AUGGAAUAUGAGGUGGUCAGAGAGUUGGACCAUGAUCAGGAGCAGCAGGAGCAAGGGCAGGGUGGAUGGCAGCGGGUUUCAUUAGCCUUGACCGCCCAAGAAAAAAACCUCAUUGCGCAGUUUCUUCUACAGCGAAGUAAGGCUGGAGUGCUGCCAAGAGGUUCAUUUACAGAGGCAGCCAAAAGAUUCAACAUCCAUAAAAGGACAACAUUGAGAAUUUGGAAGGUCAGCAAGCAGCAAAUGGACAGAGGGGAACCUGUUAUAAUGAGGAGCAGAGCAUCAGGUUAUCAACACAAGGAUAAACUUAUGCUAGAUGAAGAAAAGUUUAGAAACCUGUCCAUGCUUGAGAGAUCAACCAUAAGGAAGGUUGCUUCUAAGAUGGAAGUAAGCAAGUCAACAAUUGGUAGAUUUAUUAAGAGUAGACAGUUAAAACCGCAUACAAAUGCUAUCAAGCCUACAUUGACUGAAGUCAACAAAAUUGCAAGGAUGAAAUGGUGUCUUUCUCAUAUUCAGCCAACAUUAGGUGAAGGUAAACUUCUUUACCAUUCAAUGCACAACAUAGUUCAUAUUGAUGAGAAAUGGUUCUACAUGACAAAGACAUCAGACAGAUACUACCUUUUGCCGGAUGAGGAUGUGCCUUACAGGCUUAUUCCCGUUCACAGAGGAAGUGCCAGCCCAAAGAAGUUCAAAGAACAGGUCAAAAGGGAAAAUUGA